UACGAAUAAUACUACCAUUCUUCAUUACUACUAAUACGAGCAAGGGCCUUCGAAGGAAACCAGCGCAUGAGUAUAGAAAGAGCUACAAAAAUGAUUGAAGACGUGGAGGAGAAUAUACCUGUUUUCCUCUCUUUUAACAAUCUUGGUGUAAAGAUCGGCGAUCGGGAAAUUCUUCGAAAUGUAAGCGGGAAAGUCAACCCAGGGGAAUUGUUAGCUGUGAUGGGCCCUAGUGGUAAGUAUCUCAGAUCUCUAAAUAUAUAUUUUUUUUAUGUAAAAACAAAUAGCCAAGCUUUUUUCAAGAUGUUCACAUGCUGGUAAUCAAUGGGUAAUAUCUGGAUCAAUAGGUUCACGAGUUAAAAUUGCAAUCUUGCUUGUUGCAAGUGAAUUUUUACCAUGUAAAUUAGGUCCAAAAGUAAGAUUUGAGAUUUCAAAUGCCCUGUUCCGAAGUCCUGCUACUAGUAAAAAAAGUACGACCGCUAUUAACGAGUGAAUGAGAAAUACUAUCGCAAGUUUCGUCUUCCCUAGUGCUCUCAAUCAAUAUGCGACAAAAAGCGGGAACAUUACAUGCUGACAUCGCAAUAUCUUGAAACAGCUCAGAACAAUUUCAUUCACCCUCCCUCACUCUGACCUCACUCUCUCCUGGACUAUUUCCUUUUUGUUCAUAUCAUUAUCUGAAGCAAAAGAAAGAAAAAAAUUUGAUUUAACAACCUUUAGCUAAGAAAACAGCUGAACUACAACAUUCACAUUAUUCAUCUUUGUUUUAGGUUCUGGUAAAACAACAUUGCUACAACAACAUUUCAUUAUCUGAAGCAAAGGAAAGAAAAAAAAUUGAUCUAACAACUUUUAGCUAAGAAAACAGCUGAACCUACAACAUUCACAUUAUUCAUCUUUGUUUUAGGUUCUGGUAAAACAACAUUGCUAAAUAUUCUUGCUGGAAGAAUGUUUCCAGAAAGUGGUGAAAUCCUUCUCAAUGGUACACAGUUGAACAAGAAACUGAAGAAGGCUAUUUGUUAUGUCCUGCAAGAAGACAUUUUCUUUGCCAAUCUUACUCUUCGGGAAACUCUUACUGUAAGCGUCUCAAUUUUUGUCUCAGUUUUAACCAUAUGUUUGUUCAAAUUUAUUGUUUAGUUAAUUAGAGUACCUUUGUAAGUAGGUGGGAAUUCACAUCUUUUACUUUUUUGUCCAACUUGACCAUGCAAGUACAUUUACUCUAAUUACCAGUACAUUUGAAUCUUGACCAUCCUGAUUGAUAAGGACUGGGCUGAAUAAUCUGGAUAACUGAGAGUCCGCACAAUCAAAACUAUGAAUAUUAAGGAGCCAAAAAUAAAACUGAAUAGGUAUUAAAUAAGUAAUAUUAUUCAAUGGUUUUUAAGGGAAAAUUCUCAGAUGAAUGUGCAUUGUUGCAAAAAAUUUGCCAAAUUAACUAUAACAACUCUUUAAGGUGACAACAUUUUAUGACUUGAAAUGCUUAUUUAAAUCAGCUUGUUUUAAGCUGCUAUAUCAUGUGUGCAUCAUUGUGCUUUGGAUCUUCAAUGUGAGUAAUAAAAUUGUUUGUUGAAAUAUGGGCCCAGAAAAGCGAGUCCAGAUAAUUGAAAAACCCAGAUAAUCGAGGUUUGACUGUGAUUGUUUUCAUCUCCUGGUUUUCUGGAAUUAUGAGCCAGAAUUGUCUUUGCUGAACAGUCAUUUAUAUAAGUGUUUCUAAUUCAAAAGUUCAAAUCUGAUAUACAAUCAUUAUCAUAUUAUGUUUCUUUUUCUCUGCAGUUUUCUGCAAUGCUUCGCCUGCCAGAUGCCUUGUCUAAAGCUGAAAAGUUACAAAAGGUAUUUGUAUGACCAUAGAUUUCACCUUUGCAGAAUUGGUUUGCAUUUGGGGUGCAGUUUGCUAUGAAUGUCAAACUCAAGGCACAGAAGCCUCCCCAAAGCAAUAGGCUUAUUCUUGACAUGUAUGAAAACAAAUAUCAACAGAUUUCAUUAGCAUUAACAAUUUUUUUCACCAUUCAAAGAAACAUUAUGAAAUUAAGUAUUUACUUUACUUAGUUUUCGUUCCAUUGAGGCAUCCUUAUGGAUAACAUUUCCACAGUUAAAUGGGUACCUUAACCCUUUAACUCCCAAGAUCUGAUUGUUAAUUCUCCCCUCUAGCUGCUACACAUUUCUUUGUUAAUAAGUUAUGAGAACUUGGUGCUAGAUCGAAAUAGCAGCUUCUACCUGAUGAGUUUGAAUAUUAUCAUUACCUGCUUACUGAAUAAUGUAUGGAUAUUGUAGGGAGAAGUUUUAUGUUCAUCACUUCUGGGAGUUAAACGGUUAAGUAAAAAGUGGACAUGGAUUUUAAUUAAUCUUCUUAAAUAAUUUUUUUAGGUAGAUGAAAUUGUUGACAGCUUGGAUAUCAGGAAGUGCUUAGAUACAAGUGAGUUCACUUUAUGGGAAAUGUACUUAUAGUUUUUGUGAUGUAGCAUGCAGUAAACAGCUCAGUCAAUGUUUCUUGUGUUGUGCAUGAUGUUUAACUGGUCAUUGAGAGAAGCAAGGCUCAUAUCUUGAUUUGUUACUUGCACCUCAAGUUUUUCCCUAGAUGGAACUCACAACAAUGCUUUUAGGACAUUGACACUGGAAUACUCUGCAUUUUAAGCUCUGAACUAAGAGUACUGACAAAUCAUCAUCACAACGAUGAUUUUUUUUCUCUAUCUAUUAUUGUUAUUGAUCCCAAUGUUGUUGUUCUUGUUAUUAUUAUUAUAUUACAUAACUGCAAAAUUGAAAUUAUUUAAACUAAUUUCAUGGUGGUAUUACUUUUGAUACUUGACAUAUAUUCAGAGAUUGGAAGUCCUUUUGAAAGAGGGUUAUCAGGAGGUAUUUAAACAUGUUUUAUUACAUAACAAUAAAAAUUGUGUAAUACGAAUUAUUGCCUUUUUACACCUGUUUUUAUAUCCAUACAUACAACUCUUAGUAUGUUCAUCUCAUCAUGGGUGGUCACUCAUGGAGCAAACAUGGCUAACCUUGGGUCCUUAUCUUGUUGCUAGACAUGAAAUUUAAAUAUAAAUACCUUACUGUUACCAUUGAGAUGUUGAUUGUGGGUUAAUUUUCUUUCUAUUAGUAAAUCUGCUCUGAAUGUUCAACCUCUAUUUAUAGUUUAUCCUGGUAUAUUGUGAAUGUGGCCAUAUGUAAUGGAUGCUGGACUCAUGCCCUGUGUGUACCUUAAUGUUGGUUUAUACCACUUAAUAAAUAUUUUUAAAUGAUUUCUAAAAUGAAGUACCUUGAUUUUUCCUCAUUUACAGGAGAGAAAAAAAGGGCAAACAUUGGUUCAGAGUUAAUAACAAAUCCUUCCUUGAUUUACCUGGAUGUAAGUGUAUAUUCUGUGUUAGUUAUUUUAAUGUGCACAUAUUAGCAACAUAUCUUCCUUCUUUUGGUUAGUGUGAUUGAAUUUUAACCUGCAUACUCUAUCAAAGGUACAGUGAAUGAUACUAUUCAUUCAAGUUAAUAUAUUUUUUUCAAAUUAAGUCUGUUAUUUCAAAUUCCCAAGUCAGAAUUUUAUAUUUAAUUGCUUUUUUUUUUUUUAAUUUAGCUGAGAAGGUACAUCAUUAGGGUGAUGUGAUGACUUUCCAAUUUUCCCUCAUAAAGUUCACAGAUACUAACAAUCAGUCUGUAGCAUACUGUAAUAAUAUAUGCUUUUCCCCUCCAUCACCCCCGCCAGAUCUUAAGCUUAAAUCUUAAAGGGUAAAAUAACACUGGGACUACAAAUGUUUACUUGAGUCUAGCCUGUCCCAGCAAUUGUUUGUGUGACCUAUUUUUUCUGUCAGCACAGACUUAAUUAUACACGUCACAUCUCUUUUCAGGAACCAACUUCUGGGUUAGACUCUAGCAAUGCUUUGAACCUUGUUAAGACUCUGAAGAGCUUUGCAGCCAGAGAAAAAAAGACAGUGGUAACCACCAUUCACCAGCCAUCAAGCCAGAUCUUUUACAUGUUUGACAAGGUUUUAUUGCUCUGUGGAGGACAGGUAAUGGAUAAAAAGAGCUUAGCUGUUGUUAUUCUAACUUGUAGAUGAGAUUAUUGGUCUUCACCACCAUUCUCAAGCAUGUCUUAAGAUAUGUGACAUUGGGUGUAAGGAGCUGUCUCAAGUCAAAUGCUCAGGUUCACUGCCAUGCUGUUACGCUCUCCAGACUUAGUAGAUUUUCACUCAGUAACUGAUUGUCAAAAAAGCAAAAGUCAAGGUUUCCUUUGUCUGCAGUACUAUGAGCACCCUUCAUUAUACUGUAGAUUAUCCUGUGUCCUAAUACAGUGAGGAGGCAUUGGAAGAUAAAUUUACUGAAUGAUCCCCCUGAACUCUAAUCAUGUAAGCAUGAUCUGGAUACACUCCUAAUGAUGUGGUAUUGAUGUUGAGAGAAAGCUUACAAAUUAGUGACAGUAUUCACUCCCAGACAUCAUUAUUAAAAUUAGGAAAAAAUAUACAUGAACUUGGUAUACAUGUAUACAAGUGCUGUGUGAAUUAUGAACAUUGUAUUGAAGUUUGCUUGCCAUCGCUGUUUUAUUAAGUAGUUUACUAAUCUUAAAUGUUAAUUAGAUUCACUGGCACUUUCACACCCAAGAGUUCUUUCCAGGACCAUUUGUACCACACAAUCAACAAAACACUGUGGGUCUAGAAGAUAUGCAAACUGUAUUAAGCAAAGAGGGGGUAGAUACCUUUAAUUAGUGAUGAAGCCUUGCAUAUUUACCUUGACGUGGUAUUGUGAUAUUUCAUUGUGUAAUAUCCUUUUCAUGACAGGUAGCAUAUUAUGGAAAGGCCAGUAGAGUUCUUGAUUUCUUUGAAAGUGUUGGUUUGGUUUGUGAUGCUCAUUUUAAUCCAGCUGAUUUUAUAUGUAAGUAAUACUUUACAUGCUUAUUAAUUUUGGUUGAUAUCAACUAAAGUGUAGACACACUUGUACACCAUACUGUAAAUGUAUGAUUGACACAAUAUGGCUGGCUCCACAAGCAGGUACUUUGAACGUUGUAGGAUAUGAAGCAAAUCCUACAUUUUGUUUGGCCGCCUGAGCAGAUAAGUUCAGCUCUUUAAGGGCUACCUCCUUUUCAUUUGCAAAUUCUUAGAUUAGCUUUAGCUAGUUGUUUAGUCAAGAUGACUUCAUAAUGGCUUUUCAUGCAUGAAACACACAGAUAAGAUGGCAGCCAUUGACUGCACUGUCAUCUUAUACCUAUGCUUGGUCAACCUAUACUUUGUCAACUGCAUGGCUGUGCUAUCAGUAAAUUAUGUAUCUAUGCCAUACAAUUCCUGAGCUACAAUCUGUGUUAUUUGUUCAGUGGAAAAGGUUACUGAAGGAGAGGAAGUUCAAGAAAGGAUUGUCCAAGGCUGGGCUGAAAGGUUGGUGAAAUUAUGUAAUUGCAGAAAAGUAGACAACAGCUGUAACAUUUUUUCCCCAUUGUUUUCAUCAUUGUGUAGUUAAAAUAUUUACAUAUGUGGUGAUGGAAAGAGUCACCUGGUGCUUACAUCUUGAGAGAAAAACACAUUUUAUCUCUUAUUUUAGACAGAAAAGACGCCAGAAAUAUUCAGCAAUUUCCUACAACCAUAGACCAGGAAGAACUGAUACCCCAAGUCCUACUCCAGAGAAGGAUGACAAGGACAAAUCACAGGAUAUGGCAAGUGCAACAAGCCCUAAAAAUGGGCAGCAAAAAGCUACUGAAGAGUUACAGAACAAGGAUGAUGUGUCUGUUCAUUGUACUUCAGAUGUACAUGAGGUAGAUGAGAACUCUGAAGUCCCUGAAAAAGAAAAUAAAACAAGUCCUGCAUCUGACAGAAGUGGUGAGUCCACUGGUGAGCUGUUAGUUGCUGACAGUUCGAAUGAACAGAAAGAUACACCAAGGCAGGAGAAUGGAGGUGAAUUCUCGUCUGAGGAGAUGCUGGACAAAGAAAAAGAAAGUAAGACAGGCAAUGGGCUUAUACCAUUUGGAAAUGAUGGACUGCCUUCAGAGAUGAGUGAGAGUUCAAACCUCUUGGCUUCAAAUCCCAAACCAUCUGCAUCUAAGACCCUUUGGAGGAACGUGAGAGACUCAUUCACCAAAUCUUCAGAUCAUCUUCCACAAGUCCCCUCAGAAAUCCUGGUACCAGUAGCAGAUGUCAAUGUGGCUGUUGUAUCUUACAAGCGUAGUACAUCACGUGAUUAUUCUAAAAUAGAUGUUCAUGAUGACGAUGAAGAUCAUUCUGCCCUGUACUCAGAUAUUUCCACAUCAUGGCCCACAAGUUUCUGGACACAGUUCACAGUUCUCCUACUUAGAACGUUUAAGCAGUCCAAACCAGAUAUUUUGUCUAAGUUAGAGUUAUCACAGGUAAGCACUAUUUUAGGUAUAGUUUGAAUAAAGGUCGGACCUGAAAUAACACUACGAUGUUUGUGUCCAUGUGUAACAGCCAUUGUAACAUUUCGGUGAUGUUGGUGUCCAUGUGUAACAUUUCCAGUGAAGAACUAAAACAUUUACUCAAACUCAAGAGCUGUAGAAAAUAGAUGUACUGUAUGGUACACUUGUCAGAUGUGGCUGUUGUAAGCAUGCUUUGAUAGGUAGUAAGGGUAUGUGAAUGGUGUUUACUUUCCAUUUGCCUUACUCAUUAUGAUUGUGUCACCACAGCGACCUACCACAGGACACUCGCUAACUCUCGCUGGUUUUUUAUUUCGUUUUAUUUAGUCAUAAAAACCUUGUCUGACCAUUCCUUUGUCACCUUAACGUUCAUUUCCAGUUACCUUUAUAUUGUUAAUUGAUUGAAAAGAUUGAGAUUAUGAAGUUUCCUAAGUUAGUAAUUACCGUUCUGUGGAAAAAAAUUGAUCUUCUUACAAUGUACUUGUGUAUCAUUUGUUCCAGAACUUGCUUCUUGCCCUCGUUUCGGGCUUGAUCUGGUUCCAGCUUCCUUACAAAGAGAAGAGCAUUGAAGACAGAUAUUCACUGGUAGGUUAUGUUACGCUUGUCACUGUUAGUUACGAAUAAAGACCACUGUUCACGAUGAAUCACCCUAAUCCCUCUAAAUUAACCAUUUUGGAUAAAUUGGUUGAGUAUGGCCUGGGUGGUGUGGGAGGGGGAACAGAGAUAUUAGACCUUAACCAUUCUUUAGGCCUAAUUUAGUCCAUCUUUCUCAAAUCGCGUUGUCGGAGAGUUUCACCCAUAGUCCUAGUUCAUUCACUGUACCACUAAAGUUAAGAAAGAAAACGAAUUUUUUCAUACGUAUGACACAUUAACAUAUACUUUUUCUCAUUUGGAACUAAUUAUUAAUUUUAGUUUUAAAAAAGAUACGGCUUCUUAUUUCGGCCAGGUUCACGGGAAGAGGAAGUGGGUUGUGUUGUUUCUUUGGUGGAGAGUAGACGAUAAGUCAUGUCACACACCCGAUGUGAAGUAAAGAAAAUUUGUGCAGAGCACGAGGCCUCUACCUUUGGCGACUUCCUAACUGACUUGAUUCAAUGUUUUUGUCAUCAAUUGUUUGGCUGCAUUGCGCCCUAUUACUUUUUUUGCAAUGAACGAAAAUUGCCAUGUUUGUUUUUUACUUUACAGCUGUUUUUCGUUGUGGUUUAUUGGAUGUUUAAUCCACUCUUCCAAGCUCUGUUAUCAUGUGAGUUGAGAUUGCAUGUUUAUUUAAUAAACAUUAACAUGUUUUUUCCCAAGUUGUUUUUUUUCCAAGUGUUUUUUUGUUCUUUGGUGCACCAAACUUUGACAUUAGACAUAAGACAUAGGACUGCACACCCAAGAAUUGCUACAUGUACCAAAAGAGUUCCUCAGUAUCUCUACGCUACUUUGUUAGCUUAAGAGAGGGUCGUGAAUGCAAACAAGAUCAUACAAGGAAGGGUUUAAGGCAGUUAGAUUUCUUUGUUCUGUUUUUUCAAGAUCUGUAAUUUCUAGUACAGUUUGAACAAUACAACUAUGAAAACAGCCAAUGGUACACAAAUGAAAAUUAUUGGCAUACAGAGUGUAAGAUAGUCAAAACAGUGGGCUCGAUUGUUUAUAUCAGGAGAUCGAGAUUUGCCCAAGCAGCCGUGCAAUGAAAAUUUGCUAUAGGAAAAACGGGGGAUUUAAACUUAGGGCUUGUAAGUUGUUUCUUGUUUCUUGUGCAUUAAAAAAAGGGCUACAGUUAACGAUAUACAGAUUCUGCUCUUACUCUGCUCAUUUAUAGUAUGAAGCGACUACAGCUGAAUGCAAAAUCUUGACUCUUGCAAAUGACCUUGUUGAAUUACAUGUACCCUGAGUGAAAUCUAAGUAGAACAUGUAAUACAUUAGUCCAUGUAACGUUAUUGUCUUAUUUUUACAAAUAACACUCAAGAAGUGUUCAACUCUAGAUCUAAUUAUCUUUCUGUUGGUUAUGUAGUUCCAAGUGAAAGGACUGUAGUCAAUAAAGAACGUGCUGCUGGCUACUACAGACUCUCUGCAUACUAUUUAGCCAAGUUGUUCAGUGAAUUACCGCUGGUCUUAUGUCAGCCGACUCUGUUCUAUACGGCAGUCUAUUGGAUGACGGGUUUAAACAGAAGCGAGUCCUUCCUCGGUGGCCUUUUCGUGCUUUUGUUAACAGCCAUAACAGGACAGGUAUAACCAAGUUUAAUAUGUACAGAUGUUUGGCAUAUGAUUUCAAAGUCUUCUGAUAAACAUCUUUUGGGAGAAGAAAAAUGCUAAACUGGGCGGACAAUCUCGUCUUUGGUGGACUGACGCUCUGCACCACCGAGAAAAAUGUUUGGUGGGAAAACUUUGAAAUUAACUGAAAAGCCAUGAAAGACACUUUGCUUCCUUGUUUAUUGCCUGUGCUUGGCAGGAAGUUUGCAGUACGGCUCCAAAUAUGUCCUACCAAGGUUUUCUUGCUCUGUAUGCAGACAGACCAAAAACGUGGGCUUUUUACUUAAUCAAUUAAACUCUCGGUUUCUUUUUCUUUUGCGUUUUGUUUUGUUUUGUUUUUUUCAAAUAUAAUAGCAGAACAUUUUUUGCAUGACUUGAAGGAAAGAGAGUCGUUUUACUUAGGGAAAAAAACAAUAACUCUCGGCACACAAACUACGACUCUUCAUCUCCUCUAAAGUACACACACACGCAAAAAACAAAACAAAACAAAAACAGGAAUUCCAGAGAAGAGUUUACCGGUUUAUUUCUUUAUUAGCAGAUUGUUUGAUAGAGUAUAAGGUGUUUUCACGCUUGUAAAAAAGCCUUAUCUUUCGUUGUCCAGUCCAUAGGUUUGUGUAUCGGCGCCACAGUAAUGAACUUCAAGAAGUCAAUAGUGGUGUGUGCUGUAUAUGGUCUGACCUGUAUGUUGUUGGGCGGAUUCUACCAGAAAAACAUACCCUCAUGGCUAUCUUGGUUUCAGUACGCUGCUUUCUUGAAGUAUUCUUAUGAGGCUUCCCUUGUCAUUGAAUUUGCUGAUUCUCCAUCAUUCAGGUGAGCUUAAUUCUGAGGUAUGCAAUAUCCGGGACAUUCAAUUCAACAUUAAUCUUAUGCUGUAUGUUCCUUGACAUGUUGUUUGGAAUUCUCUUUCACUGUUUCCUUUAGAUAUGAAACUGGUAGCACGUCAGUCGUUACCUUCAUGAAAGUUACCAAAGCAUUGUAGUAGCAACAGUUCAUAACUUCACCCCAAAAAAAUAAUAAAUAAAAAAAUAAGAGGAAAGCCAAAAGGGAUAUGCACAGUACGGCAAAUAAAGAUUAUUGUCUUCCUACAGUUUCAGCACAAUAUUGUUGUUGGUAGAAUUCUCUUUACUACAAAAGUUAAUGUCAAAAUAGAAUAUAAUGUAAAAAAGAUCACUCAAAAUGCAUCACUUUUGUUCCUCCAGUUGCUCGGCGACUGAGUCUUCUUACGGUAAAUGCCACAACAAUGGAACCGUCAUCGAAGGAACGGACAUUUUAGAGAGGCUGAAUGUGACAAGAUCUGUGGGAGAAAACAUUGCUGUACUUCUCUGUUUUAUUUUUAUAUUCAGAAUUUUGACAUAUCUUUCUUUACGCUACUUACACAAGCCAAAGUGAUUUCGGUAUUCAGAGACACUGCACGAGCGAUCUGUUAUUUCCUUGUGUUACGUUAAGAUGUCAACUUGUAGCCAUUUGACAACUGACAUAUGUUUAGCGGUGACCACUUUUCAACCUGUCAGAAUGGUAUUGGGUUGAUCAAGCAUCGUGAGAAUUAAAUAAAGUAGAUAUAACACGGGAGAAGAAAUGUUAUUGCUUAGAGCUGAAGACGUUGAGUUUGAUUAUGCAUCAUAAAAUAAUAUAACAAGAAACGAAGUUCAUCGUCAAGUGCUGACGCCCCCCUUGCUCCAAUCACAGGAGCGGCCAUGUACAUGUAUUGUGAUGAUUACUGUUACUAUUUAAAUAUUUAACUGCAAGUUAUUAUUUAGAGAGACGUCAUAUCUUGUGAACAAGAGGAAUUACGAUAUUCCUUACUGCCAUAGUAAGAUGUGUUAUCUUAGGCCAGAGGGGGAUAUGACGUCAGCAGGUGCGGUAGAUAUUUCUAAAUGUUAAAUAGAGGUAGAUAACGCGUUGUGUCUUGAAUGGUUUUGUUCGUAGAUGACUAUUGGGGAACGAUGAACAGUCUUUUUAUGAUUAUAGCAGCUCUUACACAAUUAAAAUUCAGUUUUCAAUUCUUAGUCGGAUGUGUGUGUUUACAGUUAAACCUGGAGGAA